UGCGAUCGACCGCGGCUCGGACGCCUCGGCGCUCAUGGCGCACCAGUUGACCAAGCUCGAGUCCGAGUGGAUUCGACACUCGCUCCACACCCAGGAAGACAAGCGCAAGGCGUGGAUCCAAGGCAGUUCACAUGUUGACGGAGGCCUCGUCAUGCAUUUCGUCAACUCGCAUGCGUGGGCGAUCGACUACGAGCGCCUCGCCGACAUUUACUGGGACUACAUCGUGGCCAAGAUCCCGGCGGAUUUUUCAACCCCCGUGCACCUCGAG